AUGAAGGAAGAAGAAACAGUGAAGCAGUAUGCAGACAGAAUCAUAGCAGUGGUUAACAGUAUAAGGCUCCUUGGUGAGCACUUUGAUGAGGCAAGAAUUGUGGAAAAGGUCCUCUCCACUUUGCCUGAGAGAUAUGAGGCCAAGAUAUCCUCCUUAGAGGACUCAAGAGACCUUGCUACCAUCUCUUUGACUGAGCUAAUCAACACUUUCUAUGCUCAGGAACAAAGGAGAGCUAGCAGAGCUGAAGAUCACCAGGAAGGUGCAUUCAAUGCCAAGGCCAGAGAAGCCUCGAGCUUCAAAGCUCCAAGAGGCAAAAGGCCUUGGAAAAACAGCCUAGGACGACAUCGCAGGAGUAAUGACCAGCCUGCAGACAUUGCAAGAGGCCAGUCAUCCAAGUCGAUCUUGGUUUAG